AAAAAAAUGGAUAGUAACUUCGAAUGACGUCCAAAGAUUUCCUUUGUGAAUUUAGGUCAGAAAUCAAAAUCUGACCAAAAUUUAUUGUGAGCAUUAUGAACUUUUUGAAUAGUAACAAACAAAUCGAACAUAUCUCAAAAUUUUGUUUUGACGUAUUCAAUCGGGAUGUCUAUAAAAAAGUGAGUAAUAGUAUAUUAAGGAGUAUGUAGAAAUUCCAAUAAAAAAUAACCAUUUCUUCUCUCUCUCUUUCUACAUAACUUUUGUUUCCCUCACAUCUAUUCUACCUUGCAUUCUCCAAACCCUACAUUUCAGUUUCUCUCUAUAUUUACAUAAUCUUCUUAUACUUUCCACAGUAGUUAUGAAUAAUACCAACCGUCUUCGUCGCGGUCGCAGUUUUAGGCAAACCAAGUUCACUAGAUCGCGACAUGACUCCGAAGAAGUGAGUAGCAUCGAAUGGGAGUUUAUCAGUAUGACCGAACAAGAGGAAGAUCUCAUCUCUCGAAUGCACAGACUUGUCGGUGAUAGGUGGGAUUUAAUAGCAGGAAGAGUGGUCGGACGAAAGGCAAAUGAGAUUGAGAGAUUUUGGAUUAUGAGAAACUCUGACUUUUUCUCCCACAAACGACGACACUUUAACAAUUCUCCCUUUUUUUCUUCUCCUCCUUAAUUUCUUUUGUUAUUGACAAGAAAAGCUAAAAUUUGAAAGAAAUCAAACUUUAAAUCGUUUAGUAGAACAUAUCCUGAAUGUUUUUAUUAUUCUCAUCAAAGAGAAAAUUGUUGAAUC